AAGCUUUUCGGAAUUAGUAAGCGUCCAAUUUCAAGUGAAGAAUCACCCAACUUCCAGUCUCAUUCCUCGAAUAAAAGUACCCACACACUCAAAACUUCGCUACAGCCGUUGCAUUUAGGAAAGGGUAGAGCGGGUUUAGACAUAUGCGCUGGUUUUCUUUCGCCGCCGCCCCGUCAGCCGAGUUUGGCGCGACAUCCACGCCAAAGUUACUGAUCCACGCUGCAUCCUGGAAUUUACCAUUAGCACCAGGGAGGUUGAAACAUCCCGCCGACCGCGGCAGCGGCUUCUAGACUGAAGGCUCUGUCACUGGUCAUGUGCCACUGGUCACUGUUCAGAGGUGCUCAAAGGGAACUCGCAAUUCAAAUAAAAUAACAACCUUCUUCAUUGGACAGGGGAAUGGCACGGGCGUGUGGUGAGGACCCCUCUUUCCUGGCGUCUCUGGAGUUGGGAGUAGGGAGGGAGAAGUUUGAGCGCCUUUCCGCUGCCGGGAGAGGGGGCGACAGCACAAAAAUGUCGAGUGAAGUCAAGCAAAGGAAGAAACCGGCGGCUGGCAACAAGCAAGGCGACGCGGUGAAGGAACAGAAUGUGAAAGGGAUGGCGUCGGAGGAGCCGGGGAAGAAGCCGGAGCCCGAGUGCGAUCGGCGCAAGGAAGGCAGCAGCCGGAGAACAGACUUGAGGAGCGGUCUGUUUCUGCUCUCGCUGAUCGCCAGCGCGGUGCUCGCAGGGGCUAUGUUUCAGCAGUCAGCUAACUUUGCUGAUCUGGAGCAGAAGUACCAGCAGCUCUACACAAAAUCUCUCGCUGCCCAGGCCUUGGGAGACGAAGUUAGCAAAGUUUCAAAGAAGUGUGAAAGUGCACAAGAAAUCAUGGACAAACUUAAAGACCAUUCGCUGCUAAAACAAGUUGAAAAUCUGCAGGCGGAAAUUAGGAAAAUGAAGAUUUGGUCAACGUCCAUCACCGACAAAAGAAAUGAAUUGGAUGAAAAAUUAGUUUCUCUUUCUGAUACCAUUGAAAGGAUAGAAAAGAGUACGGCUCAAAUAUCAAAUGAUGUCACCACAAAGCUUUCAAGUGUCAGAACGGAUAUUCGACGGAUAUCUGGUCUGGAUUCGGAUAUUAGUUUACUGAAGGAUUCCCUGCAUGAACUGGAAACUAAAGUAACUAGUGUAGAGAAGACAGCCAUCCACAACAUAGGGGACUUAAUUGCAACUAGUGUUGAUAGAGUCACACAACUGAAGAAUUUGGUAUCUAGAAACACAGACAAAAUUGUAAUUCUGCAGAAGAAGUUGACUGAAUUAAAGGCCGAAGAUGAUAAACUUUCGGACAGAAUUUUUAGUUUGGAAAAUAGUCGAGCUAAACUUCUGAAAGCAGUUAUGUUUGCUAAUGAUCUUAAACCUAAAAUUUUUAACCUAAAAAAGGAUUUCUCUCUCAUCGAGCCACAAAUGAAUGAUAUUAUUGGAAGGAUUGGUCGGAUUUCUUCUGAUUUGCAGAAAAGAAAUGUGGAAAUUGUCAACUUGAGAAAAGAAAUAACUAACUGCACUGUAAAUUCAAAUGAAAAUCAGGGGACAAAAGAUCAACAAAGUCAGGUUACUGCAAUGGAACAGUAAUUGUAUAUUUCCACAUCAGGAGGCUAAGUUAUAGAAUAAUCUGAAUUGUCAGUAAUUUAUAUUCUUGUCAAACCUUUUUGUUUUCUGUUAUUACUGAGAUCAGGUCAUGCUGAUAUCUGGCAAUUAUUUAGUUCAUUUACUACUAUGUUAAUGUACAAUGAUGAAACUCUCAGAGAGAACAUUGGAGUGACAUUCCUUCAACAAGCUACAGACAUUUGGAAUUUAUACAGAUACAUUUUGCUGAAUAAAUUAUGUUUCUUUAAAAUGUUUCACAUCUAUAUAACUGUAUCAUUUUUGUUAGAUUAUUAUCGUGUCGGUGUUUACUAAACAUUUUAUAUUGUUUAUUUUGAUAUUAGUUUUGGAAGUAACACAUUGUUAAAUAAUGAGAAUAAUCAGUAGCCACGUUAGGUCCACGAAUAGAAAAUUCCUGAGCUUCCUCUUUCUGCUAUUCUAUCAGAAAUGCUGUUGUUUCCUACAAAUGUGUUAACAUUACUACAUAACUGUAGUGAGAUGGAUUGGACAGAUUAGUUUGAUGUUUGUGUGCUUGUUACUUCAUAAAGUAGUUUAUGUGGCCAGAGUUGCUGAUAAUUGAGCCUCAACUUUUUAUAGUUCUUGGAAUUUGAUCAACCUUCAUCAUUCAAGUAAAUCAGCGGGAGGUAUGCAAGUGUGGUUGUUCAUAAAGUUUUUAGUUGCUUUUGUGGUAAAAUGCCCUAAAUUAUCUUAUUUCUUCAGCAUAAUAUGAAGAAUCUCAGGUGAAGAACUGUAAAUGUAACUCCUGGUUAAUAGUGAUCUGCAUUGCCUCAUGUUAGAAUGCUGUUAUGCUUUGCCAAAUGGUGUCACAAUUAUUGUCUUUUUAAUGGUUUAAAAAUAAUAAAUACGAUAAUAUAAUUUAA